UACAUUUCUUCCACAGUCACGUAUCACCGCCACAUCGCCAUGUCCGCUUUUACAUACUCUCUGCGCUCAAUGCUGCGCGCUGCUCCUAGCGCCGCUGCUCCCGCUCGCUCCUUCAGCUCCUCUUCUGCGCGCGGCCUCGCCCGUAUGAAUAUUACCGGCCGUCUUGGUGCCAGUCCGGAAGUGGCUACCACUCAGAGCGGUGUCGAAUACGUGAAAUACAACAUUGCCUCAGAGUCCGGUCCCUCUAACAACCGAGUGACCAGCUGGUUCAACGUGAAGGCCUUUGUGAGCGACGCUCAGCGCGAGUACCUCUCCAACCUCCCGAAGGGAACCUUGGUCAGUGUUGAUGCCGAUGCUUCGCUAAGAAAGUUCCAAAACUCCGAGGGUGUCGAUACAACCUCGCUCAGCCUUCAUCAGCGUAACAUUGAGGUCCUGCGCCGCCCCUUCAAGCCCAACCAGUCGGAGUCCGAAUCCCAGUCCGAGAUCCAGCCCGAGUCUCAGCAAUAAAGCCAUUCGCUCGGCUCAUGGUUUCGGCCCGAGCGCCCUGCGAACAAGCUAGAGUAGGCUUCGGUCGUAAAAACAGGUCAACUCCGAUUCGACUCGGUAGUUGUGGGUCGGUUCGGUUCGCUGAACGCCGCUGCCUCUCCCUGUUAGCGGCCCGCGUGACGGCGGUGAAACAACCGGUCAUGGUGGUUUUGUCUUGGUGUUGAGGGUGGUUCUUAUGUCGGUCAUAGUGCUCAGGCUAUGCUCUUGUAAUAUAUAACGUCUACUUGUGAUAAUGUGCGUCG